GGAUGGCACACUUAGGAUGUUGUGUAAGCUGCCGAUUGUCCUUGCCAUGCUUUGGUGUUUACUGUGCUGUGCCUGUUAGGCGUUUUGGUCCAAAUCGUCCAAGUUCUGAGUUCUGCGGCAGUGCGAAGCAUGGCGGUGAUUUCGUCUAUGCCAUCAUCUCCUCCAAAGCCGACCGGGCUUAAGGUGAAGGUGCGCCCAGACAAGAGCUUUGAGAUUCACUGGCAAGCAGAGGGGGGGGCCUCUCUCUUCGAGUUGACGAUCACUUACACUCCGUUUGAGGGUCCUAUGUUUCAGCCCAGCCACUCAAAUGUGCAGCAAGUCGAGGGCUUUCAAACACAUGUGCCGCAUCCACACACACUUAGCAAAGCACAAGCUUGGGUUGUGAAGAUCAGUCUGAAGGCCAAGUCCGACGGCUCUUGGAGUGAUGCAGUUGAGUAUCAGAUUGCUUGGGAGGACGAGCUUUCUGACCAGGAAACCAGAAAAGACUUGAAUGAGAGGAUUGAAAGCUUUUUGAAGAAAGACCUUUGUGAUUUCAUGAAAAGCAAAAAUGACCACCCAAAGAUUCUUGUCCUUGGCCCCCAGCACCACGGCAAGUCUUCCUUUGUCAAUCAUGCUUACCGCUGCCUCCAUGCUGACUUGGAUGUCAGUGACCAGUUGGACCAAGCACCAGCUGGUCCUGAGGAGAAGACACUUGCAACGAAGAGCCUCCAGCUUGAUGUGAGUCACUCACAAGUGACUUUCAUUGACAACCCUGCUUUUGCUACCAUGAGUGAUGAGACGCAGGGAAAGCUUCAGACUUUGCUGUCAAGUGGGCAUUGUGAUGGCCUGCGACGGCAGGAUAUGGGGCGAGCCGAGGGCAGCUGGUUCAGCAGACCUCCCCAUGCAGCCAUCGUAGUGAUGUCACUGUGCCACUGGCGGGAGGAACGCGAGGAGAUGGCAAGCUACUUGCAGAAAAUCGCCGGGGUUCUGAAGACGGCUUCGGCAGGCACUGUGGAGUUUCCCUAUGUCGUUGCCGCCACCCACUGCGAUGAGUUCUUGAAGGAUUGUCAGAAAGAGGAUCCACGGGAUGAACUUGAGAAGGCUCUCGAGGGAAUCAAAAGGUCUGCCUCCACGAGCCACGUCUAUGCCAUCACGAACUACAUGCAAGGCAGCAUGGGAAGUGCUCGCAACAACAAGGCCACCUUCGACCUACUUAUCCAGCUCCUCGCCAAGGCAAAUCAUGAGAACACUGGAAAAAACAGGAUCGUCUUUGCAGUCUUGUGGCAUGUGGCGACAGCAUGGGGAACAGGAAAACAGGUUGUUGCCCUUCCGUAUACUUUGAUGAAAACUGCCACAGCAGUCCUUGGUUGGGUUGGACAAUGGAUCUUCCGGAAAGUCUUCACCCAGAGAAGGGAGCUUGAACGUGGAGCAAAAUGAGGGUCGGAAGUAGAGCUGUGCUCUUCUCUGAUCUUCUACAGUUGUAGUACAACUGCAAAGGCUCCCAGCACUUGGGCUAUACCUACUGCACUCGUCCCAACAGAGGCACUGGUGCCGACAGACAGUAGACGUCUACAGUUCCCUUGCCCACACGUGCGACAGGCAUACCGGUCACGAAAAGGAUCAUUCGAAGAGCCGCCGCCGCCACAUCCUCCACCGCUGCUGCUGUCUUCGGAC